UCGCCGUCAAAUUCAAGCGACAGUUUGUUUGGUAGAGAGUGUGUUGGACGUUGGGUUAGCAACACCGUGGCUGUGUGCUGAUAGACUCGUUUAUAAAGUUAAAAACAAAUACGAAAUUUAUUUUGGAUGACCGGAUAAAGCAAUGGAAACAGUGACGGAGGGAGACGUAUCUAAACUAUCUAAGAUAGAGCAACGCAAACUGAAAUUGGCAGAAUAUCUGGUGGCAAAAGGAAGACUGAAAGCACCUAAUCCAAAACCAUAUCUCAAGGACAAACCUGUUACAAAGAAACCUGCUGAAAGUAAUCAAAAGGAAAAAAUUAGAGGUGAUGCAAAGGAGAAUUGUGGCAUCAAUGGCACAAAUGUAAAAGAAGGGAAGAAAUUGGCAGAGGUUAAUAAAAACACAUCCACAAAAAAAGGACUCAGCCUCCAUUCACAAGCCAAAGCCCCAGCACAAUCUUCCAGUAGUUCCAAUAAUACUUGCCAGGCAGGCUUUCGUCUCUUAAAGACAUUAAGCAAUAGCACUGCUUCCCUUCAAAAUCCAAGGAAACCACACAAAGCUGAGGAAACUCCUGCAUCAAUCAAUGCUGCAAAUAGGACUCGUUCACAGCGCCUUCAAAAUGAUCAACACAAAGCCCAUCAAGCACAGCCAGCUUCAAAUACAACUCAGAAGUCAAAAAAAUCAAGUCUUGUUUCAGUCUGUGGCCCUUCAAAGUCUGGAUAUGGCAUCUCUGCUCACACACGCACAGAUCAAAUGUCCCGAACCAAGACGGCGCUUCAGUCAACAAGGCCUUUGGCUAGGAAAUUAGCAGAAACAACCAUCAAAACAACCUCAACUGCCAAUUUGAAGAGUCAAAGACCAAUGAGCACAACUGGGACAAAAAUUCAGACAAACAUUGUUUCUAAACCCCAGGCAAAGCUAACACAGCAACCCAGGAGUCAAAGUGCUGUACCCAAGAUUGGCAUUCACAACAGCAGUUCUCAGAGCAGUAAACUCAUGAGCCGAAAAUCGAAUUCGGCGACAAACAGAUUUGACGUGAACCAGAGAAAGGAUAUUUCAUGCAUUAUCACAAAAGUGGAUGCCACAAAAACAAAAUCGGAUUGCUCCGUCACAAACAGAGAAACAAGAACAAGUGUCUCUACUUUAUCUAACCCUGCAAAUAGUAAAGGAUCGGCUAUCAUCAAAAAUAAACAGAAUAUUACUGUUAAACCAAUUAGUGCCACUGCUUCGACCAAACUCCCCGGUCGAAACACCAAGAGUUGUGUAUUGCCACAGACAAGCACUGCGCCCCAAGAGCUUCAGCGGCCCACCAAGAGAUCCAGCCAGGUCAAGCCUGCAGUGCAAUUUCAGACCCCUAAAUCCAGUUUCUGUCCCAGUACUCAAGGUGUCCGAACAGCCCCGGUAGAUGGAGGGAAGAAGCCAACUGCAGCUCAGGAGCAGAGACUAUGUAAGCUCCAGGAGUGGCGGGAAUCGAGGGGCAUCACAUAUAAACGUCCUCCCAUGCCUGUCCGGCUGAUGAGAAGGAAAACGGUCUCUGCUAUUCCUCAGCCAUACUGGGCUUCUAUCGAGAAAGAAGAUGAAGUUCAUAACAUUGUCUUUGCUGUGGACCGGUCACUGGAUGACUGCAUUCAAUUAUUACAGCAGGGUUUCCCAGUAGAAAAGGUCAGAGAUGUGCUGUCUCGGGUGCCAAUGGCACAGAAGUUUGCUAAAUACUGGAUCUGCCGGGCCAGACUAAUGGAAAGAGAAGGAAACCUGGAUGUUCUACCCAUGUUCCAGGAGGCCAUCCGUGUAGUGAGAGAGCCAGUGGAUGAACUACGAUCUGUGGUUUUUGAGAUCCUUAAAAAGGGUCAGAUUCAAGGUAUGUCUCCGAUGCCAAAAGAGCCUGAAAUGCUAGAGACUAGGAUGCAUGAAGAACAGGAAGUCGGUAAUGUCAUGUGCACUCCAAAACCUGUCGGGGCCAUCAUAUGUGGAAUGAGGGGAGACUCCUCUGUCGUCAAAUAUAAAAUUACAGCCACCCCAGGGGGGAAAAGGUGUCAGCAGGGAGUGGAAUCAGGACAAGUAGACGGUCACGAAAUCCGUUUCUUUACCCCAGUGCGGCGUUCAGUGCGGAUUGAGAAAACUGCUCCGCGCUACCCAACAGCCUUGCAGGAACAUGACCCCUGUGUGACCUCUCUUUGUGACCUUGCAGGUGAGAGUAAGGAAGAGGUCGAAGGUAACACACAACCCCAGAGCUCUCCUGUGUAUGUGUACCGGGAGAAUGAAGCACUGAGCGACCAUGUUCAAGUUAAACUUGUUUAUCCAGAGGAGGUUGAAACAUUAUAAUGUUUGUUAAAAUGCAGUGACCUUCAUUUUCCACCUGGAAGCCAAGAAUUGUUUUUAUAAUUGUUUUCAUUCUGUUUUUACUAUUUGUUUGUAAUGUCUUUUGUACUAUAAUGCACAUUUAGACAAGCUCAUAUACUACUAAACAUAUUUUUGCUAGGUUUAAGCCAUACUGGUUAGAUGCUACCUAAUUGGAUCAUAUCUUUGUUGUCAUGAAUUUCAACAUUAAGCAUUGCUGUGUAAAAAACUUCAACAGAAGAGUUAAUAUUCUGUUAAUCAGAGAUUUAAGUCAAAACUUUCCUUUUAACUUCAGUUAUAAUUUAUGGAUCAGUCUCAAUCUCUUGUGCAUGUCUGAGCACACAUGAAUUUUAAUGUAAGAAAUUGGAUUUUACAUUAUAAAUAAACCCUAUUUAAGUUCCCAAUGCUAUGAUUUUGUUCAAACGAAGCUGCAGAAUUAUAGAUUAGUGUUCUACAAUCUGAGCAAACAAAAUCUCUAGUGUUUUUCUUUUUCUUUAUUUAAUCUUGAAAUGUAGAUGUUUGCUGUUGAUUGGCAGAACACUUUGUGAGAUUUUUAGGGUAGUAAAACUUUAAAGGUAUUAAAGUUCAUGUGCUACUGAGUAUUUGCUUUUUUGGUUCAGUUAAAGGUCGAACAAUAUAAGUAGUGGUUUAGAUUGGAGUAGAAUGUGGUAGAUGGGAAACCGUUGCGUACGUUCACAGGACAAUGAGGGAAGAUUUCAACCCCCCAAAAUGAAUCUUUCAUCGUUUACAUAUCUUUUUUUUUUUUAAACUGUUGACUUUUGUGUACUUUAGACAAUAGCAUAAAGGUCAUUUGCAGUUCAUAGCAGCUGAGUUAAGAUGUGAUGCAACAAAAUACACCUCUUUGGCCCAACUUAAAACUUCUAAAAGUUAAAGUUACCACGAAAUCAAAAUCGACAUAACUUAUUUUUUAUGUAAUAUUGCAAUAUCUGUAGGCUAAUCAUCCAUGCAUAUCACUUUAUUUUUAUAAAAUUCAUAAGCCUUCUUAAUCUGAUGACGUUUACUGCCGUGAGGGUGGGACAGCAGUAGCAAACCACAAAUAUCCAAUAAAUUCCUGAUGGACAAAAUCA